GGCAGCUUUGGGUCAGACGCCAAUCAUUGGAAGCGGCGCCGAUCCUCUGCCUGUCGAUGACUCCGGCUCAACUUUCGUGCGACCGCAUAACAAAAUAUUACGAUAUGUUGUUCUGAAUCGCAUACGACUGCUCGAUCAGAAAUACCCUGAAUAAACGGCAUACAUCACACCUCAAUCAUGCCGUCCGACAUCCGCGCUUUUUUUGGUGGGAAGCCAGCGGCGAAGGAGGCCACAGCACCGGAGCCAGAGAAGAGCAAGAAACGCGGCCGCUCCAAGAAAAUUGUUGAAGACGAUGAUGAUGAGGAUGAUGUGCCCACUAAACAUGCUGCAACAUCGACGAAGAAGAAACAGAAACUCGACCCUGAGCCAGUCCUAGAGGAGACCACCGCAGAUGAUUAUUUUGCAAAAGGAAAGGGCCAGAAACCUAAGCGAUCCGAACCAGUGCGUCCGAAGGCUGCAGAUGCGGAGGCCGUGAUCAGAACUCCGAAAAAAGCCACAGCCAAAGUGAACGGGACCAAAGCUACACCAACACGCUCGUCGGCAAGGUCCAAGAAGACUACCAAUUACACCGACCUCGAUCCGGACGAUUUUCCCAAUGACGUCGAGGAGGAUGCGGAUGACAUUUUCAAAGGCAAUGCCAAAACCGGGCGGCGUGCGGAUGAUGAUUAUGAGGAGGGCACAGAUCCUGAGGAUGAUUUGCCAUCAGCGGCGCGCAAAAGGGGGAGCGCUAGAGGGAAGGCGGCUGCGGAUGACGAUGACGAUGAUGAAGAGGAUGUUUACAAGAGCACGAAAAGCAAAUCGCGCAAUACUGCCCCCGCCAAGGGUAGUAGUAAACGAAAAUCAGCGGCAGUUGAGGAGGAGGAGGAAGAAGACGACCUCGAGGUAGCAGAGGUGAAAUCUGUGAAGAAGCGCGCAACUCCCGCGAAGAAGGCACCUACGGCUCAGGCGAGAUCGAUUCCAGCUCAAAAUGGUUCUGCAGUUCAGUCUAUCCUGGACAGCAUACCCACAGUUGUUGCUCCUCCCCCUCCUUCCAAAAAGGGUGGAGAUGACGGGAAGAAGAAAUUUCAGUACGGGCAACAUGCAAAUUCUGCUGUGCCAGCCGGUGCUAUAUCCUCUUCCGACCUGCCCACCGGCGCGGACAAUUGUCUCGCUGGUCUGACAUUUGUGUUUACAGGUCAGCUGCAAAUGCUAGGCCGUGAGCAGGGUCAAGCAUUGGUCAAGCAGUACGGAGGCAAGAUCACAACAGCGCCUUCAGCAAAGACAAGCUAUGUCGUGCUCGGUGAUGAUGCUGGCCCGAAGAAGCUUGAGACAAUUCAGAAGAACAAACUCAAGACUAUCAACGAAAAUGGACUUUUUGAAUUGAUCAAAAGACUUCCCGCGAAUGGUGGCGAUGGCGCUGCUGCCGCGAAGUACGCUGAUAAACUAGCAAAAGAAGAGCAAGACGCGCGAAAGGCUGCUGAAGAGAUGGACGUGCAAGAGCGGAAACGAGUUGCAGCUGAGGCAAAGUCAAGAACUCAGACAAGCCAAACUCCGUCGAAGCAGUCAGGUGACAAGCCUGCAGCUCUCGCUGUCGAUUCGAGACUAUGGACCGUACGAUACGCACCACAAUCUCUGAGCCAAAUAUGCGGCAAUAAAAGUCAAAUCGAGAAACUGCAGCGCUGGCUUCGCGCCUUUCCAAAGAGCCAAAAGACGGGAUUCAAGAUGGCUGGCCCGGACGGCAGUGGCACCCAUCGAGCCGUCAUGAUCCACGGGCCUCCGGGUAUUGGCAAGACCACCGCAGCACACUUGGUCGCAAAACUCGAGGGGUUCGAUAUUGUUGAGUCAAAUGCGUCGGACACAAGAUCGAAGAAACUUGUAGAGACUGGACUCAAAGGCGUGCUCUCUACUACAUCCCUCAUGGGAUACUUCGGAACAGGUUCCGGCGAGGCAGAUCCUUCAAAGAAGAAGCUUGUGCUAAUUAUGGAUGAGGUUGAUGGAAUGAGCGCAGGUGACAGGGGUGGUGUGGGUGCGCUCGCAGCUGUGUGCAAAAAGUCACAGAUCCCGAUGAUUCUGAUCUGCAACGAUCGCAAACUUCCAAAGAUGAGGCCUUUCGAUUUCGUGACGUAUGAUCUACCUUUCCGUCGACCUACAACCGAUCAAAUACGUGCGCGUAUUACCACUAUCGCUUUCAGAGAGGGUCUCAAGAUGCCCCCCAAUGUCAUUUCUGCACUCAUCGAGGGCACAGGGGCUGACAUCAGACAAGUCGUCAACAUGGUGAGCACCGCCAAGCUUGACGAUCAAACCAUGACCUUCGAGGACAGCAAGGACAUGAGCAAAGCUUGGGAAAAACACAUCAUCCUCAAGCCUUGGGAUAUGGUAGGCAAAAUUCUUGGCGGCGGCCUUUUCAAUCCAGCCGCAAAUUCGACCUUGAACGACAAGACAGAGCUAUAUUUUAACGACCAUGAGUUUGCACCUCUAAUGCUGCAGGAGAACUACCUGGGCACGAAUCCUGUGCGCUCCAACAAAUACAAUGGUGAUGCUAAACGCAAACGCCUGGCGGAGCUGAGCUUAGCUAGUCUUGCAGCUGAUUCUAUCAGCGAUGGCGACCUGGUCGAUCGAAUGAUCCACGGCAGCCAGCAGCAAUGGUCGUUGAUGCCCGUCCACGCAAUAUUCAGCUUUGUCCGUCCUGCUAGCUACGUGUACGGCUCUAUGGCUGGUCAUCAAACUCGAUUCACGGCGUGGCUCGGCAAGAAUUCCAAUCAGGGCAAGCUCAUGCGCUUCAUCAAGGAGAUCCAGGGUCACAUGAGGUUGAGAGUAACUGCAGACAGGCACGAGAUUCGACAGACCUAUAUGCCUAUGUUGUUUGACAAGCUCGUCAAGCGGCUCGAAAACGACGGAAAGGAAGCAGUAUCCGAAAUUAUCGAGCUCAUGGACCACUACUUCCUCACAAAGGACGACUGGGAUGCUAUUCUCGAGCUUGGCGUUGGCCAAGCCGACAUGGAGAAGGUGAAGAUCGAGUCACAAGCCAAAUCAACCUUCACCAGACUAUACAAUCAGCAGUCACAUCCCCUGCCAUUCAUGAAAGCAUCACAAAUCGUUGCACCAAAGCGUGCGCCUGCCAAAGAGAAGCCCGAUCUCGAAGAAGCCCUCGAAGAAUCCGAAGACGAAGGCUUGGACGAUGUAGAUGUCAAGGCCGAGGAUGACGAUGAAAUUGACCUCUCAAAAGACAAGUACGUGAAGCAGCCAAAGACGAAACGCGCUGCGCCCGCAAAGGGUGGCGCGAGCAAAAAGAAAAGCGCCAAGGACGAUGAAGACGAUGACGACGAGGAAGAUGCCAAGCCCAAAAAGGGUAAAGGGAAAGGUCGCGCGAAGAAGUGAUGACUGUCAUUCUGGAUUGGUUCCAUGGUCGGCAUUGUCAAGCGAUAUUCCGAAUUGUGCAUGAGACAUCAGCCAAUUCAAGCGCACCUGCAAGCUUUGGUCAUGUUGGCAAACAAUUCAGUUGUAUGCAUUCCCGGCGUUUUGAUCGGAGGAUCCAAAGAAGGCGCUCAUACGUCAUGAACAUAAUAUGUAGCAUUGGUUGUACAAUUACACAGCUGGCUUUUCUAGGCUUUUCUAGGCUUGUAACCAGGUCUAUCAUGGGAAUGCAUCUGUACUUUUUUUCGCAAAUGUGGUUGGUAGCUUUCUAUUCGUUGUUGGCGUUUAUCUUGUCCGCCUGUCGUCUCAAUUCCAUCUCGACUAAGCGGAUGCACACGUCCGCGAUGUCGCUUCCUACCUUCCAGGUCCUGACGGUAACUCCAUUCCGUUCCAGCAGAGCCUGCGCUCGGGCCAGCCUCUGCUUCCAGA